UGGUGAUGGGUAUAUAAUUGACUAAAUUUCCAACAUCCCUAAAUGCGCUCAGCGAAGGCACCACCAAUAGUAAACACAGAACGCAAUGGCUCCUCGACUCUCUGAGAAGGUUGCUAUUGUUACGGGAUCCUCCUCCGGCCUGGGCCGAGCCAUAGCGCUUGCAUACUCCCGCGAAGGAGCAGCCGUUGUAUGUGCGGACUUAAACCGGGAAGCUCGGGCCCAGAUCGCUGAAGAGGCAAACAUCUACACCGACGACGCAAUCAAGGCAGAUGGAGGACGGGCUAUCUUCGUCAAAACUGACGUUAGCAUAGCUCAGGAUGUUGAGAAUCUAGUGGGUGAGGCUGUCAAGGCAUUUGGCCGCGUAGACAUACUAGUGAACAAUGCUGGCAUCGCCAUGGAAUCGCGUCAGGCCCCGACACCAGUGCAUGAAACACCAGAGUCCGUAUGGGACAUUACGAUGGCCGUGAACCUCAAGUCAGUAUUCCUUGGUUCAAAAUAUGCAAUCACGCAGAUGUUACAGCAAGAACCCCAUAAAUCUGGUCACAGAGGAUGGAUCAUCAAUAUCGCCUCUGUCCAUGGACUCGUCGCAGGAAGGGCUAUUCCUUCAUACGCGGCUUCCAAAGCAGCGGUGACAAAUCUCACCAAGCAAGUCGGUCUAGACUACGCGAAGCACAAGAUUCAUAGCAAUGCGAUCUGUCCCGGGUAUACUAAAACCGCAAUUGUCAAGGAUGCAAUAGCCAACAUCAACAAUUUUGAAGCUAUUGAAGCAGCGCAUCCCAUGGGUCUUGGCGUGCCUGGAGAUAUUGUGGGAGCAGCUGUGUUCCUCGCAAGUGACGAGGCACAGUGGAUCACCGGUGCGACUCUGGCAGUUGAUGGGGGUUAUACUGCACAAUGAUCGGACAUUCAUUGUACGUGGAGCUUUUUGGAGAUGACGACAAGGGGGAUUAUGAAGACUGGAUCAACUAAUUACCAUUGAUUAUGAUAUCUCGACAACAUGAAACUUACACUU